CAGGCACCGUCCAUGUCUCCACAGGGCUGGCAGCAUGGAGAUCUCAUGGAGCUGGCUGGUGGUCUGUGUGCUGGCCACAUGUCUGGCCUCUGGGGUGACCCAGGACGUGUGCCAAGCCCCCAGCGGCAGGGAUGGGGUCCCAGGGAUACCUGGCCGACCGGGACGGCCUGGCCUCAAGGGCGAGAGAGGGGCGCCUGGGGCCCCUGGUAUGCGCACGGGCAUCCGAGGCCUAAAAGGAGACCCUGGGGAACCAGGCCCCCCUGGCAGCCCUGGCAAGGUGGGCUUCCCAGGACCCAGUGGCCCAGUAGGGGACCGUGGCAGCCCGGGACCCAAAGGCACCAAGGGCAAUCCGGGCAACAUCAGGGACCAGCCGCGGCCGGCCUUCUCGGCAGUGAGGCGAAACCCGCCGACGGGCGGCAACGUGGUCAUCUUCGACACCAUCAUCACCAACCAGGAAGAGCGGUACCAGAACCACUCAGGCCACUUCGUGUGCAACGUGCCCGGCUUCUACUACUUCACCUUCCAGGUGGUGUCCAAGUGGGACCUCUGCCUGUUCAUCGUCUCCUCCUCCAGGUCGCAGGCGCGCCGCUCCGUGGGCUUCUGCGAUAGCAACAGCAGGGGGCUCUUCCAGGUGCUGUCGGGGGGCACUGUGCUGCAGCUGCAGAAAGGGGACCAGGUGUGGAUCGAGAAGGACCCCACCAAGGGCCGCAUCUACCAGGGCAAUGAGGCCGACAGCGUCUUCAGCGGCUUCCUCAUCUUUCCAUCUAGAAUCCCAGCUAUCCCAGGGACCCGAGGACCCAAGGGUCAGAAAGGCGAACCAGGCACACCCGGCCAUCCAGGGAAGAAUGGCCCCAUGGGAGCCUCUGGGAUUCCGGGGGAGCCUGGGCGCAGGGGCCCUCCAGGAGAGCCAGGUGUGGAGGGCAGGUACAAGCAAAAGCACCAGUCAGUGUUCACGGUCACUCGGCAGACUGCCGAGUACCCAACGCCCAAUAGCCUGGUCAAGUUCAACACGGUCAUCACCAACCCUCAAGGGGAUUACGACACAAGUACUGGCAAGUUCACCUGCAAAGUGCCCGGCCUCUACUACUUCGUCUACCACACCUCAAACACAGCCAACCUGUGCGUUCAGCUCUACCACAACGGGAACAGGGUGACCGCCUUUUGCGACCACAUGUCCAAUACCAAGCAGGUCAGCUCGGGCGGGGUGUCCCUGCGGCUGCAGGUGGACGACGAGGUGUGGUUGGCCGUCAACGACUACAAUGGCAUGGUGGGCACCGAGGGCUCCGACAGCGUCUUCUCUGGCUUCCUAGCUUCCGCUUUGGAGCAAAGAGCAGCGGGCUCUGAGCUCCUGGUUCCACUGCUGCCCAGCCCAGCGGCCUCAAAGGACACCCAGUCCCCAGGAGGCAGCAGAACGAGCACGGCAAUGAAGAGCCCAAGGGGCAGCAUCCCAGCACUGCUGCUGUUGCUCGGUCUGUUGGACGCUUCACAAGCACAGAGCAGCUGCUCUGGGCACCCAGCUAUCCCUGGCACCCCAGGCAUCCCAGGAUUACCUGGCUCUGAUGGCACUCCUGGAACCCCAGGGGUAAAGGGAGAGAAAGGACUUCCAGGACUAGCUGGAGAUCACGGCGAGUUUGGAGAGAAGGGAGACCCAGGGAGUCCCGGGAAUCCAGGAAAAGUGGGCCCCAAGGGACCAGUUGGCCCUAAAGGUGUCCCAGGAGCCCCCGGAGCCCCUGGCCCCAAGGGCGAAUCGGGAGACUACAAAGCCACACAGAAGAUCGUCUUCUCAGUACUAAAGACCAACGCCAUCCCGGUGCGCCGGGACCUUCCUGUCCGCUUCGAGCACAUCAUCACCAAUGAGAACAGCAACUAUUAUUCUCGGAGUGGCAAGUUCACGUGUACCGUGCCCGGCCUCUACUACUUCACCUACCAUGCCACCUCACGAGGGAACCUGUGUGUGGGCAUCUUUCGGGGCCGGGAGAAGCCACAGAAGGUGCUUACCUUCUGUGACUACUCCGUCAACACCUUCCAGGUCACCACAGGUGGCGUGGUCCUCAAGCUGGAAAUGGGUGAGAGCGUCCACCUGCAGACCAAUGACAAGAACUCCUUGCUGGCCAUGGAGGGGGCCAAUAGCAUCUUCUCUGGGUUCCUGCUCUUCCCAGAUGCAGAUGUAUAACCCGGCAGCGGGGCUGAUACUCACCCCAUCCCACCUGAUGCGCCCCCUUCCCCCAGCAUGGGCCCCUCCCCCUCGGGAGCAUGCAGGAGAGCUCUGGGAAUGUAGCAGAGUGAAUGAGUAAAUAAAGUCUUCAAGGCCAAGAGACCCGGCC